CCUCAAGUCUGACUCCAUCGCAACCCCUACUCUUGUGGUUCCCCAUGGCAUCUCUCCGCCUCAUUUCGUCGCAAUUUCUAUUGCGCAGUCACUUUCGAUUGUCAUAGUCUCAGUCUUUUGUCAAACCUCGCAGUGCCAUGGAUCAGUAUUUCUUUACAUUUGGCCCAAACGAUGCAUAUAUCUCGAAAUCACCCACUGGGCUAAGACAUCGCAACCCACCUCCCACUCUACACAGGCUAUUGCUUUCCGCUUCAAUUUCAACCAUUUGCUGGGCUUCUAUUGGCCCGGAGGAAGAAUCGUGGGUCAUAUCAUACGUUGAUAUUGGGGGUUCUUUUAAGAUCGAAUUCGGUGGCGGAUGCCCUAAAGCACUAAAGGCCUAUUUAUUCGACACAAACACACUAGGUCCCCGUCGUGACAAGAGCCUCCGUGUAUCAUUUGGUCCUAACUCCAGCUUCUUCGCUUGGGACCAGACAUCCAUCCGCUGGUCAAGCAUCCCGUUAUCUCUCGAAGAAACCAUCCAAAGCUGGCUCAGCCCAUCUGGAUGGAAAGUCGGACCACCGCGAGCCGUUGCGCUAGGAGCCGAAGGAGCCUGGUUUGCCCUUUCUGAGUACGGGGUGGUAGCAUGGGACAUUUCCGAGGAGUACGAAGCGCUAGCCGAGACUUGGGAAGAGUGGGAAGAAGAAGACCUGGACUGGAGUGAACUUGCGUUCGUUGCCUUCGACCCAGUCCAUGAGGACCAGUUCAUUGCAAUUAGGGAAGACGGCACUUGGGCCGGUGCGAUCGACGAUUCCAAUACCGAUGCUCUCGAAGCAUUUGCGUCAUCGUACUUCUCCCUGCCUCAGAAACCGAUCUCUGAGAAGAGGCCCUCGAAUGCUUCGAAUCCCUCUCCAAGCCGACCGCCGCCGUCCCGGACUGCCACUCCUCAGGGGAAGCCCCAGUCACGGCAGCCACCGCCCAAAUCAUCUCAACCCCGAACUCCACCACCUUCUUCCCAAGCCCACUACGAGGCAUGGUCAACACAAUGUGACACCGUCUUCGCUGCUGCGUCCGCAUAUCGACACCCCAGACGCUCUUCCAGCCGUGCGCCACGUAGGAGAUCGCCAACUCCUGCCCCAAUAACGUCACCAUCGAACACGCCAAAACCAGCUCUCAUACAAAAUUUCCCACAUAUACCGUCUGCCGCAACUUCUUGCGCCUCCCCUUCAUGCUUGCCUUCCAAAUCUCUCCCGCUAGGUCUACGAGCUUGCAUACACGAUGUAGAAGCCCUGUUCCGAGGCUCAGGGUCCUACGGCUACGAAUGGCUGCGGCAAGAGCGAUUGCGGUGGCACCCAGACCGGUUUGGAAGACUGUGCGCGGAGGAGUUCAAGGAAGAAGGGAAGAGAAAGGCUGAAGAAAUGUGGAAGAUUUGCGAGGAGCUGAUGGUGCUGGAGAAGAGGAAGGCGGACAGCGGGAAAUGAGAUGGUGGGAAAGCAGAGUAUGGGACUAGUAGGAGGUCAAAAGUUCGUUUCCUAACAUUUGUAUUCGUACAUGAUUCGUCAUGAGAAGAGUGCGUCUCUGAUCUAAGAAUCAAAAUAGUACUAGAUAUCAAGCUUGAAUCUUCAACAACCACCACCAC